GGAAGAAAUACGUUUUCUCUAGACAAAUAGCUUCAUGCAAGCCGGGAGAACUUUAUGCAACAGCAGGACAUGUUCGAAAGUUCCUCAGGUCUGAAUACAUGCAAUCUUCAAUUCAGUAAACCCCAUUCCUCUAACUGCACUGUGCUAAACGAUACAAAUACUCCUCUGCUGAUUUUAUCACGCAACAGAGAAAUAAUCCAACAGAGCCACAAUUCAGGGAUAUCUUCACCACUUCCCUCAGAUUCCUUCAAAUAUCUUAUUUGGCAUGAGUUAGAAGAACAUGACGUUAGAGGAAAUCAGAUUCGUUGCCCCCGAGUGAGGGAAGGGCCUUUAGAAGAAGAGCUGUUCUUCAGAGGAGAAGGGCAUAUUUUGCAAACCAGAAAACAAAGAACAGAAAAAGAGAAAUGGCAACAGAAAUGUCAAGAGAACUGGGAAAACUGUACUAAUUUGAACCUUUCAUUUCAGGACUUGGGAGACCUUUACCAGGUGGAGAACUUUAAGAGGAUUCUAAGGAGGUUAAUUCGAGUGGAAAGGCUUUGGUUGGUGGACAAUUCUUUGACAGACCUAAGUGCCAUAAGGUUGCCAAGAUGCAAAGAAUUAAACAUCAGUAAAAAUCAUUUUACAUCCUUCAAACAGCUGCCAAAGAUACCUCAGAUUCAGCGCUUGGCACUAGCUGAAAACAACAUUGAGACAUUAAGUGGAAUAGCAGACUUGAAAUAUACUCCACUAGAAUCCCUCAUACUCAAGAGAAACCCCUGCGAGUUUCAAGAAAACUACAGGCAGCUAGUCUUCUCCAGUUUGCCAAACUUGAAAAUGUUGGAUGGAGUCCCAAAACUGCCAGAGGAUUGUCCACCGCCCAAAAUCAGAUUUCUUUCAAAAAUGUGUACUAUAUUGUAGCACUGUGUUUUGUACCAU